UUCCAAUGCCAGCAAUGAGCUAAGUUUUCUUGCGCAAAUACUUGGCCGGAACCUGUUCUAUUUUACAACUACCACAGCAAGUGCAGUGCGUCGGUGCAAGUCGCACGUCAUCGCGACACGCGUAUUUCUUCCAGAAGAGAGCGAGAUUCAAGGCAAAAUCCGAAAAUCGAGGACCGAAGUCGCGAGAAGAUGUCGGGUGAAGCUGCCAGUUAUUAUAACGCGCCCUCAGCACCAGCACCCGCUCAACAGCAACCAAGGGAAGACAUCAACCCGCAGACGAUGCCAAACAUCCCGUACGGCUACAAGCAGGAACCGCCCCAGUACAAUCAUAUCAAUACCUACGGUCCCCAGGGCUAUGAGGCGACUGGCGAAAAAUUGGACUUCAAUCAGGCGUUCAAGGUGGACAGGCCCAAGUGGAACGACUUGUGGGCCGGUGUGCUGCUGUUGGCUACGUUCGCCGGCUUCGUCGUGGUCAGUGGGAUCAGCAUACAGGGAUAUUCCACGACGAAAGGCUUCAACGGAGGUGGCAUCUACGACAGCCACAAUGACUUCGGCCUCGACACAAACACGCUCGUCCUUUUUGUCUUUUGUCUGGCUGUAGCCGUUGUGCUUGGCUACGGAUAUAUAUGGCUUGCGCGGCUCUUCACCAAGCAAUUCAUUUGGAUCACAGGCAUUCUGAACAUCAUCUUUGCCUUUGCGACCGCCAUCUACUUCUUGAGCCGCAAGUACUGGUCUGGAGGCAUCGUAUUUCUCAUCUUUGGCAUCUUUACUGUCAUAUGCUUUAUUUCCUGGAUCCCAAGGAUACCGUUCUCAUCGUUAAUGCUGAAGACGAGCAUCGAUGUUUCCAAACGGUACGGCCACGUUUACCUCGUCAGCUUCUUGGGCGGUCUCACUGCAACGGCUUUUGGCGCGUGGUACUCCGUUACCCUUGUUGCUGUGUAUGUCAAGUACGAACCAGGCCAGAAUCCAGCGUGUUCUCAAGGCGUCGGUGGGUGCAGCUCAGGUAAGGUCAUUGGCCUCAUCGUCGUCAUUACAUUUGCAGCUUAUUGGAUCUCCGAGUGGAUUAAGAACACGAUUCAUACAACCAUCUCCGGCGUAUACGGAUCUUGGUAUUUUUGCAGUCACAAUUUCCCAGCCAAUGCGACACGUGGUGCCUUUAGGCGUGCUGUAACCUACAGCUUUGGCUCGAUUAGUCUAGGUAGUCUAAUCGUGGCUAUCAUCAACAUGCUACGGCAAAUUUGCAGCGUUGCGCAGCAACAGAGUGCUCAAGAUGGCAAUAUCAUCGGCGUCAUCUUUUUCUGCAUACUUGGCUGUAUUAUUGGACUUCUUGAUUGGGCCGUUCAAUUUGUGAACAGAUAUGCUUUUUCACACAUAGCUCUUUACGGCAAGCCCUACUUCUCUGCCGCAAAGGAUACUUGGACUAUGAUCAAAGAUCGUGGAAUCGAUGCAAUUGUCAACGAGUGUCUAAUUGGUCCCGUUCUCUCAAUCGGCUCCAUCUUUGUGGCGUACGCCUGCGCGCUCAUGGCAUACUGUUACCUGAUCUUUACCUCUCCUGCCUACAACAGAGACGGCACAUAUACACCAAUUGUGCUCGCAUUCUCUUUCCUCAUUGGCCUUCAGAUUUGCAACAUCUUCACGACGCCAUUGAGUAGUGGCAUCGACACAAUCUUUGUGGCCUGUGCUUGGGAUCCUGAGGUGCUUAUGAGAGACCACCCCGAUUUGUAUGCGCAGAUGGUUGCCGUAUACCCUCAUGUUCAACAGGCCAUACACGCCUAGAGUAAUACCUUAUCAUGAAGCACUAUUUUCCCUGGACACGGGAAGUAAUUGAAAGUUAUUCGUUGCUAUUUCAUUAGACCCUAUUGGCCGUUGAGAUAUUUUAACAAGGUGUAUUUUACAAAAUAGUUUUGCU